AUGGCAGCAGUUUUGCAGUUGAUCUUUGCAUGGAAGAUUUAUUUUUUAAAUUAUCAGGCACACCGAGAGCAGCGUUGUGCUGAAUCCUGUCGACGCAGUGGAAGAUUGGAAGAAGCAGCUGCGUGUCAUGGUCGUGCAGCUGAGUUGCUUACUAAGGCUCUCAGUUUAACAGUUACUCCACUGGCUCGGCAGAGUAUAAUCUUACAACACUGCUUUCAUAUUCGUCAACAGGAGUUACUUAAGUUCCGCAGUAAGCAGUUUGAGAAGUAUGUUAAAGCAAUGGAGAACCAUCGAGUGAAGAUGGGGAGUGCUGCUGGCAGCAGUGGGGGAGCAUUAGGAGCUGCAAGCCGGGAACUUUAUUCCAACUAUCAGCAUGUUGGCAAAAAGGCUCAAGCUCUGUCAAUGGAAAUGACAAAGAAUACUGAAAAAUUUGAUUCACUACUCAUUCUUCUGAUCACGGACGAGGAUGAUGCAAGAAAAGAGGAUGUGACUGAAACUAAACCUAAGAAAAGUGUACAAGAAAAGGAAGGGGAGUUAGGUGAUAUGAAAGAAACACUUAGAGAAGCAGAGACCAUAAUGGUACAAACUAUGGAGGAAGCAGGCACAGUGUAUUCAGAGAAAGUCACGCAAAAUGAAACUGCUAAGAGUGAAGAAACUAGUAUUGGUAUAAAAAAAGAGAAAGAUGUGCUUGUCAUUGUGGAAGAACUGAGGACCUUACGUGAUCAUCAGGCUGAUCUUAUAUCUCAGCUUAUGACAGAACUCUCAUACAUGGAGAAGGAGAACACACUUUUGAAGAGUCAAGUUCGUGAGCUACAGAGCAAGUGUGAUCAAUAUGAAAAUGAGCGUCGGCGGAUGAGGGCAAUGGCUGACUCGAGCUGCUCUCCUUUCGUCUUUUCUCCACUCAGUGAGCUCUCCCCAGACCCCCCAGGAGUUCCAGAUCUUGCACCUCUGGAAAUGCCACCACUCGAUUUCAUGGAAAAUUUUGAACAAGAGUCCUUAAUAGUGAUUGCUCAAAAUAUAUCCUUUUGUAUACCGAAGAAUAUGCAACAUCAUAUAGUUGUUAGAUAUAUCUUAACUAUAUGCUAUUUACAAAAAAACAAAUGCCAACUAAUUAUUAUACAAUAUUUGCAAAUUACGCUUUUGUACUUUUAAUACAAGGAUGAAAUAUAACAUUUAAAGUGUUUAUUAUUUGAUUAUAAAUUUGUUGUACUAAUAGGUAAAACUAGUUAAGAAAUACUGUACGGUAUUUUGUAUAAAACAUGCAGAUAACAGUGAACUGAAUUACUAAUUAUUAGACAGAUUUCUUUGAAAGAGCCAAAUGAUAAGCUUACUGUAUAGGUAAUUUGGUGCUGUACAUGCAGAAAAGUUGAUGGUGCACAUCAUAAAUCUGGUCACUGAAAAGUGAGAAAUCACCCAAAUUGAAAAAUAAAAGCUGGUAAAAAUAAAUAUAUGUAUAUAUAUCAACCUCAGGGUCCUCAUCUGCUGAAGAGGCACUCUGACUGAGGUUAAUACAUGCAGAUCUCUUACCUGUAUUUGUUUUUCUGCUUUAAGUGAUUUCUCACUUUACAUGCUGAACAUCUAGACAAACGAUAAUGGGGUACUAGAGUACUAGCAGCAGAGGUGGUUUUCUUUUGGCUCAACUCUGUAGCUUUUGCAAGUGACAAAGAAACAAAUGGUUGCCAAUGAAAUAAAGAGUAUAACCUAUGUGGUACUGUACAUCUUGUGCAUAAAAUACUUGUGUGAGAAUGAGUAUGUGGAGGUACUCAAUUAAAACAUAAUUCAAAAUGUGUCUUGCUUAAGCUGCAAUCCUCAUUUUAUAUAGUGUGCUGUGGGUACAAAAAUAUUGUCUGCUGACUGUUACUGCUGUUGCCAUAUAUUUGCCUAGUUAUGGUUGCUGGGGUCAAGUCUUGGCUCUUGGUCAAGAUGAUUGUUCUGUGUAUGUCAACAAAAUCUAUGAUCGGUAAACAAUUACAGGUCUGUUAGUCUGAUCCAGUGUUGGCUUUUUAUAAAAUUUAAAAAAAAAAGAUGCUUCAAAAUGAUUUGUAUAUUACUAACAAUGUACAUGAAGACACUGACAAAUGUAAUUUCUUCCAUAAAAGAACACUAUAAGGGAGGGCCUUAAUGCUCUUAACCUAAGGAAUUAUAGCUGCCCUCUUGAAUCAAACCUGAUUACCUUCUAUUACACAGAUGUUAUAUAAUCCCCAUGAUUUUUAGUGCUUUCCUUGGAAUAUUACACACACAAUAUAAAAAGAAAGUUUGCAUCUAGUUUUAGAAGAGAAAAGAUAUUAAUGUGUAAAUAAAAAAUGUAAGGUAAUCCUUAGCACUUUUACAUGUCUUAAGUUUUCUUCAGUGAUGUAGGUUUUAAACCAAUUCAGAUCUUUGGUGCCUUAUCCUUUGUAUGUAUUCAUCACUGGCUAUGGUGUAUUUUCAGCAAAUGCAAAAGGGUUAUAUUUUCAUUGGUCCUUCCUGGUCAUGCUGGAGUUUAGGGCACUGAACUGUAAACUUCUCUUCAACUGUUCAGAGCCUUUUAGUUCCCCAGUAGACAUUGCUAUUUUCAAACUUUUCUGGUACUGACUUGGUACUUCAGCGAUCACUGGUUAUCGGUGUACAUUUGUGACCAGCAUUCUGUUUUUACUCCAACUGCAAUAAUACCUCUCAUCAUUCUUCAUUACUGUUGGUGGUGGGAAAUGAUAAUCUCGUACCCAUGUUUUGGUCACGCAACACUCAUUCAUGAACCAUCUCAUAUAGUGAUUACCAGUGCCACUGCUAAUUGUCUGUUGAUUGAUUAUUCCAUUCAUUAAAGAGCACACACUUCAUCUUUGACCUUUCCAGCAAUACAGCCUGCAAAAAAAAAAAAAAAUGCAAAAUAUGGAUAAAAUGCAAAAA